CCUCAUGUACAAUGCUGUCGCUAUAGAAAAUAUAUUUACACAACUGUUGUCUUUGAUGUGCAUGCCUGUUGGAGCCAAUGUCCAAUUUCAAUGGAAUGGAAAAUUACAUGAAUGCAUUCAAAUCAUGAUUGACUUUGGUAACUGUUCGUUUCACAGGUCCAGUGUAUGCUGAGUGAUACCAGGCUGUCAUACAGCAACAACACCUCGUCCAUGCUGAGGCAUUUAAGGGCCAAGCAUGGGAGAGAGAGGGAACUGGUGCUGGAGAACAGGCAGCAGCCGGCUGUUGCCUGUAACUCAGGCAAUAAAAAGCGAGACCUUGACGAUGCUCUCGUAAACUUCAUCAUCAAGGAUUCUCAGCCGUUCUCUGUAGUGGAGGAUGUUGGAUUCAAAGAGCUUGUGGCAAAACUGGACCCCACAUAUACUCUUCCAACAAGAAAGGCUCUCAAGGACAUGGUGGUUGCAAAAUAUCAGGAGGAGAGGGAGAAGGCAGAGAUCCAGGGUGUUGAGACCAUGAGCCUCACAUCGGAUAUGUGGACCUCCAUCAACAUGGAUGCAUAUCUGGCUGUCACCUGCCACUAUGUCAAUCGGAAUGACCUGCUGUCCACUCUUCUUCUAGCAGCUAAGCCUUUUCCAAGGACCGACACAGCAGCCUACAUUGCUGCAGAAAUUGCAUCACUGAUAGCAGAGUGGGGUCUAGCGAAUAAAAUUAGAUGCAUUGUGACUGAUUCACGAGCAAUAAGAUUGCUAACUAGCCAAUAACCUGAAUUUGAGGCAAUCUAAAUGCACAUUGCACAUUGCUUGAACCUUGUAGUAAAGAACUCCUUUGAAGCCACUCCUAGCGUGGAUGACAUUAGAGCGAUGAGUAGGAGCAUUGUAAGUUACUUUAAAACAAGCACAACUGCAAAAGAAAGGCUGAGCCACAUGCAGCAGCAACUGGGUCGCAAUAUCAAGAAACUCAAAUUGGAAGUGGACACACGCUGGAAUAGCACCCUUGAUAUGCUUCAGUGCGUCUGUGAGGAGAAAGAUGCAGUUGCAUUAGCUCUGUCAUCACUAAACACAGACCUGACUCCUCUGACCAACCAGCAGCAUGAAGUCACAGGGGAAUGCAUCAAGCUGCUGGCCGCAUUCCAGGUGGCGACUGUGGACUUGUCAGAGGAGAGAAGAGCGUCAGGAUCGAAGGUUAUCCCCUUAUACCAUGUUUUAAGACACACGACUGAACAACUGUAUUCCCAGCUCAUCACCCCCAUGGUACAACACCGGGCACUGAACCUUGUCAGGUGCUCAGCUGCCAGAUUACAAGAUAAAGAAAAAAACAGUUCACUGGCAGUCGCUACACUUGUGGAUCCACGGUUCAAAACUUUUGGAUUCACCAGUCAGAGAGUGGCAGCCAGUGUCAAAGAAUGUUUAAUAACAGAAUGCACAACAGUUAUCAAGAUAAAGAAUGCCCAGCAGCAGUCAUCUACGUCACAAGUACCACCAUAGCCUCGUCCUCCACCACCAGCAGCACCUGCCACAGAUAUUUAUUUUUUUCUUGUAAUUCUGAAUAAGGAAUGACUAAUGACAUUUCUGGUGAUGAUGAUCUUAAAUAUUUUUCAGUUCAACUGUGGAGCCUUUUGGACGAAGACGCAAGUAGAGCCUGGCAAAUGCAAAGCACCACAGCCAGGGCAGUUGUAGAAGUUAACUGUUACCUGGCUUAUCCUCCCCUGGAAAGAACGGCAGACCCACUGGCUUACUGGGCCACCCACAAAGCCAUUUAUGCACACUUGUACAGUGUAGCGAAACAUUUCUUGUGUACCCCAGCCUCAUCUGUGCCCUGUGAACAUUUUUUUUCCAAGGCUAGGGAGAUAGUCUGUAAAAGAUGGAACCGCUUGAGUCCCAAAACGGUUGAUAAAUUGUUAUUUCUCAAUAAAAAGUCAUAACCAGUUACACAAGCACACCCACUGCCCUGUUUUCAAUCACACCCUCUUUACUGACCUCUUUACCAAUGAACCCCAAGACAUACUUUGCCAAAAUCCACAAUAUAAUCUAUAUUUGCACCAGUGCCAUGUAAAAAUGACAUCAGUCUGUAUUUAUAGAGCACAUCUCAUGAAUGUAGCAGCACUGUUUAAAUGUUUCAUGACACAGAAUAUAAGUGAUGAACAGACAUGGCAAAUAAGAAACAUGCUCUUCAGUAGUUAUUGUCAUCAUUACUGCUAGUAAUAUUAUUAUUAUUGUAUCUACUAGAACCCACACAAUCAUCUCGUGUAGUCGAACAGGAAUGUGUGCUUGGCGAAUCAAAUCCAAAAUAAUCCAUGAACCAAUUACCACGUCUCGGUUGCAUUUCAUUUUAUUGACCACAAGAUGUCCUACUCGAGCACUGUCUCAUUGAAGCCUCCAGUAAUGAACCAUGUUUUGAAAGAAGUGUUGAAGCUUCCACAAAGCCUCUAUCCGCCAUCAUUAUCUAAAUUAUUAAAUAAACUCGCUGUCAAACUUCGCUUCCUGUCAUUUACAACAAUAACAUCCAACAAGCUAAACAACUAUAACACUGGCAAAACACUUCGGCAAACUGACACGUGAAAAGUUAAUUUUCCGUGUUCGUUUUCCUUAAAUGACGAAGUUCAAACAGACGUUACUUUAUAAUCCUAAAUUCAUAUAUUUAAAAGCAUGCUAUUCUGUUUUAUUGAUACAAUUUGGCGUGUUGUUUUUUUUUUGUUUGUUUUGUUUUUUGUUUUUUUUUACUGUUCAAUGUCCGUUUAACCAACACAGUUUGGAGCCUCCCGCCCUCUGGACUCUACCACUUGUCUGGAGUCGGAGGGGGGAACAAUUGUUUCUACGAAGACGAUUGUAACUGAAAAUGUCCCUCUGUGGGCAAAAAUACAGCAAAUGUUAAUGUAAAUCUAGUUUAAAAACUAAUAUUAGUGCUUUAUUUUUUACACAAAAGGCAUUUUUUUUAAAGCUAACGGAGCACAAUCAGUGAGAGUCCCCCGCUACAAAGUAGGUCACAGGAAGUAGCGGCUGUAGUUAAUUAAGAGCUGAUCAAGCCAACCUUAUACUAGUUUAUUUAUUAGCCUAAAUAGUUCUAUAGCUAUAUUUACAUAAACAUCUACACUUACUUGAGUUUUUAUGAAGCUUAUUGUUAAGUCUACUGUAAAUCAAAUCACUUCGGAACGCUUCAAUCAUGUGGAAACAAGUGCGGAAGGAAAUAUGAGCAGGACUGCAACCGGACCCGGCCAGUAAUCACAGUAACACCGGCUGGAUACAUGUGCGUAACGGUGUCGUCGUGGAUACACAGCGAUGCGGCGGCUGUAUGUCGGCGGUUUGAGCCACACGGUGACUCAGAAGGACCUGAAGGAUCGAUUUGGAAAGUUUGGAGACGUGGAGGACGUGGAGCUGCGAACGAGGAAGGAUGAGGACGGAGUUCCGUACAAAACCUUUGGCUACAUCAACAUCAACAUUUCAGACGCCGACCUGAAGAAAUGUUUAACGGUGCUGAACAAAUCCAAGUGGAAAGGAGGAACUCUACAGAUUGAACCAGCCAAAGAGAGUUUCCUUCACAGAUUGUCUCAGGAGCGUCAGGCAGCAGCAGAUCAGCGUCUCUAUCAGCCGGCAGCUGACGACCAGAAACAGAAGCUGCUGGAGUCACUGAGCAAAGUCGGAGUGGAAAACUUCACCAUGAAGGCUGCAGUACCAGGAACUGAAAUACCAGGACACAAGGACUGGGUGGUCAGUAAGUUCGGUCGAGUUCUUCCCGUCCUGCAACUCCGGAGCCAGAAAGGCAGCAGAGCUCGAACACUGAAGUACGACCCGUCCAAAUACUGUCACAACAUCCGCCGGCUGGACCGCCAGGAAGUAGACGGGUCCACGCCGGUCACCCAGCUCACCUGGCAGGUGCAGGGGGGGCACGAUGACAUCAGCAAGAGGAGGCGGGGCGAGUUCCCGCCAUACGAGCUGCCUCAACGGAAGAAGAUCCGGACGGACGAGGUCAACUCCCACGAUGCAGCAGGAAAAACCAGAUCUGAGCAUCCUGUUAACUCUGUACAUCAAACUGAAGCUCGCCACGUCACCAACGGAUUCCAACCUCGACCAGCUCAAAGGACGUGGAGACGUGACAGCGACGUCGAUUCAGACGAGGAGAUCCGCAGGCUGGUGGCCAAUCAGCAAACCUCCCACGAUGCACUGCAGCAGGACGACAGUCUGGAGGUGGUCGGACUCGACUACCUGGAGAAGUGUGGACACAAAGGUGAAAAAGACGAAGACGACUAUGAUUCUGCAGAUACAGACGAAAUCUUUGCAUCAGGAAAACCUCCUCAGACUCCAGGAAAACCUCCUCCGACUCAGGAGAAACUUUCUCAGCCCACAACAGGAAACAGCACCUACAGAAAGAGGAAGAAGACGAGUAAAGCCGAAGAGGAGGAGGACAGUUCAAAUGAUGAUGAAGAACAUCUCGCCUCCAAACUCCAAAGAGGAAACUCCAGUAAACAGAAACCAGGUAAGAAACUGUCGGUCGUACCUGUGGUGAAGCCCCGCCUCCCAGUGUCAGACAGUGACGAUGAGGAGAACGAUGAAGACGAGGAGUCGGAAUCAGCAGCUUCAUGUUCGGACUCCGACUAUGAAGCCAUGUUUUCCAACGUCACCCAUCUGGAGAUCUCGCUGGCUGAUCUGCAGAAGCUGGCCAAAGAUGCUGAGCAGAACUCGGAGACUACAGCUCCCAGAAUCCUCAGCACUGAGCGAGAACCCGACACCAAACCCACCAAAAAGGGAACCACGCCAGAGGAGAUCCUCGCUGCCCUCCUGCAGGAUGACAGCAGUGACGACGAGCGAGACAAGAAAAAGAAGAAGAAAAGAAAAGGAGGCACGACGACGCUGCCGGCUUUUACUGGAACAAAGGAGCUGAACGAGGAGUCAGAAAGAGACCAGAAGAAACGAGACCAGAAGGAGGUGAAAGAAGAACAACUGAACUCUAGAGCUGCACAGAUGAACCUCAGAGGAGCAGACGACGAAACCAACGAGGAAGAAGAAGAAAAGGACAUAAGUGAUGCUAAAGUUUUGGAAAUGUCUUCAACUAAAACCUCUGAGAAAGAUGAAAGUGGCUCCUCAUCCCACAGUGAUGAUGAUAAUGAGGAGGGGGAAGAGGAAGGUAAUGAAGAAGAGCAGAAAACUGAUAAAUUAAACGAAGAAGAGGUAGUAAACAACAUCACUGCUCCAAAAUUUUUAAAAAUUUCUUCAAGUAAAACUCCUGAGAAAGCUGAAAAUGGCUCCUCAUCUAGUAGUGGUGAUGGUGAUGAUGAAGAAGAGGAAAAUGAGGAUGAAGAAGAGAAUGAAGAGGAGGUCGUGAAGAACCAAACUGCUUCUGAAGUUUUAAAAACAUCUCCUGUGAACCCAGAGAAAGCAGAGACUGACUCUUCGUCCAGCAGUGAUGAUGAUGAAAAUGAUGAUGAGGAGGAAGAUCAUCCUCCCGUCCAAGUCGUGCUGGCAGCUGAGGAGGAAGAGGAGCGGCAGAGGAAGGCCAACUUAAGGCGACUGGCUGCUGUCCAGCAGAGACAGAAAGAAGCUGAAGAACACAAGAAGCUGAUCCAGGGAGCUUUAUCCAACCUGGACGCUCCGGCAGCAGCAACAGGGAAACACAUCGUCUUUGGCUCUGAUGAUGAUGAUGAAGAAAAGCCGCCGAGCAACUCGGAGCUCACAGCAUCCUGGAAGAGUCUGAUCCUGGACGGCCAAUCAGAGGCCAAGGACGCCGGAGACGAGGCAGCAGCAGCCAAUCGGGAGGAGGCGAGGCGUUCAGGUCCUCGGCUGUUCGAUGGCAGCGAGGAUGAGGAAGAGGAAGAAGAUCACAGGUUUGACAUCAGGCCUCAGUUUGAAGGUCGAGCAGGGCAGAAGCUGAUGGAGCUGCAGUGUCACUUUGGGAUAGACGAGCGUUUCAAGAUGGACUCUCGCUUCCUGGAGGAGGACGGAGAUGAAGACGAGGAGUCAGAGACGAAAAAGAGCCCAGUGGAGGAAGACGAAGCUCUGGAGGAGGAGAGGAAGAGGAACCUGUCCAUCCUGAACAGCGUCCUCGGCAGCUCUGAACAAACCUGCAACAGCAAGACGGCCGGCAAAACCAAGAAGUUCAGAGACGUGUCGGCGCUUCAUUACGACCCCAGCAGAGAAGAACACGCUGCGUUCGAGACCAAAACAGAUGACACCAAGAAGGAAAGUAAAGCUGCCCGGAGGAAGAAGAAGGAGGAGGCUCAGAAGCUUCCAGAGGUUUCUAAGGAGAUAUAUUACGACGUUUCUGGAGACCUGAAGGCUGUGUUUGGACAGACGAAGGACGGCGACACUGAAGGAGAAGAGACGACAAACUGGGACCAAGUGGAAGAAGAAGAACAGAAAGAAGAAGAGACGACGAUAUCAGCUGAUCCAAAAACCGAGAAAGAAGAUUCAUCUGGAUUCAAAUUCUCCUUCUUUGGAGACGACACAGAAACGACGACAACAGAGACCGAAUAUAAGGUGGAGAUGAUUCAGGCUCCAAAGGUGUCAUGGCAACAAGACCUGAGCUUCAACGACAGCAGCUCAGAGGAGGAUGAAGACGAGCAGGAGGAAGAGGAGGAGGAUGAAGAGCAAAGCAGCCCCAUCACCAAAACUACAGAAGACGAGACACCUUCAAAGAUGGAUUUAUUCUUCUUCCACCUCAACGACAGCAGAUUAACAGAGGGUCCCAGGUUGUUCUGUCGGACGUCUCAGCUGGAGGAUCAGAGGGAGCAGUGGGAGGAGAGGAGGACCGAGCUCAGACAGGAGUACCGCAAGAAACACAAGGACGCCCGCAGGAAGCUGGCGUCCUCCCUGAAGAGCUGAGGAUUGUGGGAAGUGAAGUCUUUGUUCUUCAGUUGACGCCCACAGUUCUGGACUUUAGGAAUCAGGAGCUGAUAGCAUUGUGUUUUUGUUUAGUUAUUUUGCAGACUUUAACAGUACAUGGAGUGAAAGGCUAAAUUCACUCAGGUCUAUUUAGUUUGUUUCAGUAAUACUGAUGAGCGAUAUUUUGCGAUCAGAGCUUCUUUUUCUAAACAGCAGCUGAUCGCAACCAAACCUGUUGGGAUCACAUAAACCGAGAAAUAAGCACGUUAAUAAUAAAAUGAAAUAUCGACCCUG